GUCAAGAGCACGCGUGCGGCGUUGUUUGUAAAUAGCGCCUGUUGUUUUGCGCUGCCGGCACGAUGAAGGAACGAGUUUUAACCACUAAUGAAAAAUCCUUCGUUCAAAAGGCCAUUCUAGAGUCGAUCCGCCUCGACGGUCGAACGCUGGAUGAGUUCCGCAAGCUGCGGAUAAGCUUCGGCAGCGAAUGGGGCCUGGUGCACGUCAUCCUGGGUGAGACGCGAGCCCUGGCACGCAUCACCUGCGAUGUGGUGGAACCGAAGGCGACCCGCCCGAACGAGGGUAUGCUGUUCUUGAACGUCGAGCUGGGCCCGAUGGCGGCACCAUACUUCGACGGAGGCCGCCAAUCGGACGAAUGUGUACAGUUGAACCGUAUCCUGGAGCGGGCGCUGAAGGACUCGAACUGUGUCGAUCUGGAAUCGCUUUGCCUGGUGUCGGAAGAAAAGGUGUGGAAGCUGCGCGUAGACGUGACGGUGCUGAACCACGAAGGCAACGCCAUCGAUUGCUGCUCCAUUGCUGCCCUGACCGCGCUGGCACACUUCAAGCGGCCGGACAUCACGGUCGACGGCGAGGACGUGAUUGUGCACACGAUCGAAGAGAAAGAUCCGCUGAAAGUGACUCUCUUCCACUAUCCGCUGUGCGUGAGCUACGCCAUCUUCAACCAGGGCAAGAUCGCGAUCGCCGAUCCCACCUACCUGGAGGAGCGUGUGGCCGAGGCACGGAUGGUGUUCGGGCUCAACUCGUACGGCGAACUGUGUGGGUUGCAUCUCGGCGGCACCACGCUGACCAGUGCCGAGCUGCUGCUGCGCACCUCGGCAAAGGCGAGCAAGCGGGCCCGGCUGGUGGUGGAACGCAUCAAAGCCGCCAUCCAGAAAGAUGCCGAGGAUCGUGAAAAGGGUCGUCCGGUCGGGUUUAGCGAGGGCAUUGAACGGAACGAGACGACGGUACACGCGCAGGACAGAAUGCAGGUGCGGUUGAAACGCUUCAAGCUUCAGAUUGAGGGCCAAGAGCGGACUGAUUCCGAUGACGGACAGGAUGAGGAAGAUGAAGAAGAGGUGGCGCAGGAGGAGAUGGAAGCGACCAACGAUGCUUCUGCGGAUGCGAACGAUCCAUCGGACGAUGUGAUGCUGGUGGACGAUACGGACGCGGUAGUCGAGGAAGUCGGCGAAACAGCAGCCGUGCUGGUGCCGAAAUCCGGCGCAAAUCAGUGGCUCACGGAGGAGGAACUGGCGGCGGCUAAAGAAAAGACGGGCAAGAAGCGAUCGAAAGCAAGCUUGAAGCGCAAGAAGAAGAGCUUACUGUUGAAGCAAGGGACAAGCGAAAUGUUGCUGGACGAUAGCAGCGAGGAGGAAACGGUGACGCUAACUUCAACGGAUAUGUGAAUAAAUGGAACGCAAUUUGAAUGCA